UACACGCUCGUACUUGGCCUUUGGCUUGCCCUUUUCGUUCGAUUCUCUCUCCCUUUCUAAAUUCCUCUGGUUUUCUCAUCUCGUUCUUCCAACCUUAUUGAGUCACCAUGGAGACCCCGUCAACAACAAGAAGAGUCACCAGGUCUCAAACUUUGGCCUUGGCUUCUUCUGCUUCAAACAACAAUAUUUCCCGGAAAAUUGAAGAUUCUGAAAAGGGUGUUCCAAAGUCACGACCUUUGAUUGAUGUAACGAAUGAUUCGCCCAUCAUUGGUCUUGCAACCGGUGGCUUAGAGACUCCCUCAUCGGCCAUGACCAAGAAACGAAUCAGUAGAGCCAAGAAUAAUAGAACUCCCGGCUCUGGAGAGAACUCGCUCCGGGGUCAGGUUAAGACGCUUCUUCAAAAGGUUCAAGAAGAAGCCGACCUUUCAAAACUCUCACUUGAGAGUCGUCCCUUUCUUCAUCUUAAAGACAUGGUUCACUCUCCCAUGCGACUUCUUGCUCCGACUCCGGCUAACACCCUUCAAGUCUUGCUUCCUUCUGACGAGGAAAUUGCUUCCAUCAAAGUCAACCCUUCUCCUUUGGCUCAGCUACAAUCCAUUUCUCAGGUAGUGACCAACAUGAUUGAGGGAAAUAAAGAAGAGAGCAUUGAAUCUGAAAAGAAUGUGCUAUCUCGGUCUUUGCUGAUAGAUUUCUCCGAUAAAUCGGAAGUUUGUUCGAAAACAUCCGGAUCACCAAGCAUAGAUGAGGAUGAGUCUUCUUCUGAGUGGUCAAUUCAGGUGAAUGCAAGUGCCCAUGAUGAAGAAGAGGAAGAAGAUUGUGAUGAGUUAAACUGUGAUGAAGAGUUGGUCAAUCAAUUAUGCGAAGAAAUGAGCAGUGUCAGUGUGAAUAACGAGAAGAUAACUGGAAAGCACACAAGAUUUAUUUACCACAGUGACGAUGAAAUAAUUGAAGAGUCCGUUGAAACCAAGGACGAAGAUUCUGAACCAAAAGGGAAACACCUAUUCUUUACAAGUGAAUAAGACGAAGGAGCAUGAAGAUUGAUGUCAUUUUGUGUGUGUUGAUUUUUCCAGUGAUUGUUUUUAACUUUUUAUCGAUUCAUGAAAAUUUAUGACUGCUGCUUGCAAUCCCCACUAAUUCGACACUUAAAUAAAAAAUACUUUUUGAGACAAA